AUGACCACGGGUGGAUCCCUGGAUCACACGGGCCUGAAACGCACGGGCCUGUUCCAGAGCCAUGUCGAUAUAGGGGCGAAAUUGGUGCCCUUCGCCGGGUGGGAGAUGCCCUUGCAGUACAAGGGCAUCCUCGCCGAGGCGAGGGCAGUGCGCUCCGGUGCCGGCAUAUUCGACGUCUCCCACAUGGGACGCUUGUUCAUCUCCGGCCACCAAGCUGAGGCUCUUCUGGACAAGCUGCUCACGGCCAUGUGGCCGCGCUGGCGCAGGCCGCUGCCGCUACUGCAUGAUUUGCAAUGA